AUGGGCCAAGGUCAAGAAGGAUUCACGAGCAGGGACUGUCCUCACCAAAAUUGCUAUGUAACGGGUGAAAAAAAGUAUUUCAACGAUAUAACAAACUUCGAUGUGGUUAUUUUCUCUGGACCUGAAGUAUUAACUCACCCAGAAAUGCUCUUACCAUCCAAAAGAGCUCAGCAUCAAAAAUAUGUAUUUGCCUCAAUAGAAUCAUCUGAUUAUUACCCAGCUUGUGCAAACAAAUAUGAUGGAUACUUCAACUGGACGUGGACGUUUAGACUUGACUCUGAAGUGCGAUGGGGCUACUUAGAUGUAAGGGACUCAAAGGACAACCUUAUUGGCCCUAAUAAAGUAAUGCACUGGCUGAAAUUGAAAGAAAUGGAUCCUGUGAGUAAAGAGUUCAAGCAGAACUUGAAAACUAAGAACAAAGCGGCUGCGUGGUUUGUUUCUAAUUGCAGGGACAAAGCAGGACGGAUGAAAGUCGCUAAGGAACUUAAAGAUGAACUCGAAACGUAUGGUCUUGAACUUGAUAUAUACGGCAAGUGUGGAACACUAGAAUGUUCUACAUCAAAUCAAGAAGAAUGCCUGAAAAUGGUCGAAGACACAUACUACUUUUAUUUGUCGUUUGAGAACUCGUUUAGUGAGGAUUAUGUGACAGAAAAAUUGCUUCAACCUCUACGACAUAACGCUGUGCCUAUUGUUUAUGGGGCAGCUAAUUACACGAGGUAG